AUGUCCUUCGGUGUCUCCGUCGGAGACUUCCUCUCCGGCGCAAACCUAGCCUACAAACUCAUCCGCGCACUAUCAGAAUCCAACGGCUCAACCAUGGAAUACCAAGAAGCAAGCCAAUGCCAAAAUUAUUAUAUCACGCCGCAUGCUAUUGAGAAGUUCCAGACCAGCAAUCUGGACUCGGAAUCAUUGACAUCUGGAUCUGGAUCUGGAUCUACGCCAACAAAUACAUCAUCUGGUGUCUCAACACAUAGUACACAUGCAGAGGAAUGCGCUUUGGAGCCUAAAGUCUUACCUCAUCUCCGUGCAGUACACGAAAGCGUCCCAAAUUCGAAAGAGCUCGAUGAAACCCAUCAUCAUUCCAACGUCUCAAAUCCAAAUAUAGACUCGGAAGCACUCGCAGAUCCACCAUAUGACGCAUAUGAACCACCCGAUGAGCCUGUAUCCACAAAAUACACGUAUCACGAUACUAGUAUUUCAGAGCCAGACCGAAAUGACAACCACGAGAAAAUGCAACGCAAACAAGCCGAAAGAAACGCCAUCCAAGCACUAACAAAACUAGGCCUAAUUAAAGAAUCUGCGCAAAUCAAAAGGGAGAAGAUGAAACCAAUCAAAUUCAAAGAUGCAGUGGGUCGAAAGUUUGCUUUUCCAUGGGAAUUAUGCUGGAACUGGCAGGGAAUGGAAGAUCUCAUCAAACAGGCCUUUCUUCAUAUUGAAGUUAUUGGUCCCCAUGUAAAUAAAGGACAUUAUGAUCUUGUAGGACCUAAUGGGGAUAUUAUUCUUCCUCAAGUUUGGGAUGAUGUUGUUGAGCCAGAUUGGACUAUUACGAUGCAUAUGUGGCCGAUACCUGAAGCCUAG